CUAUUGACCUGAAAUUGUCCGAUUUGCAGAGAGUGCAUCAGUAGUUCUUCCAUGGGCAACAAGGAUUAAAGUUGCUAUAGGUGCUGCUCGAGGACUUUCUUUUUUGCAUGACGCGGAACCACAAGUUAUCUAUCGUGAUUUUAAAGCUUCUAACAUCCUUUUAGACCCGGAUUUUAAUGCAAAACUUUCAGAUUUUGGCUUGGCAAAAUCUGGUCCAACUGGUGAUCAUUCUCAUGUAUCUACUCAAGUAAUGGGUACUCAAGGAUAUACUGCUCCUGAAUAUCUUACUACAGGUAAACUAACAGCCAAAUGUGAUGUUUAUAGCUUUGGGGUUGUUUUACUCGAGCUGCUUACUGGUCGUCGUGUAAUGGAUAAAAAGAAGACUGGUGCGGAGCAAAAUCUGAUCGAAUGGGCAACUCCGUAUCUGCAUGACAAGAAAAAGUUGUUCAGGAUUAUGGACACUAAGUUAGAAGGGCAAUAUCCUCGAAAAGCAGCAACGAUAGCAGCCACUCUUGCAUUACAUUGUGUACAUCCUGAAGCAAGGGGCAGACCAGAUAUGUCAUUCGUGUUGAGUGCUUUAGAACAGCUCCCUUCUAAAUAUACGUCUGGUCGUCCAUUUGGAGAUAGGAGAAAGGUGUCUAAAUCUCGACACAAAUCUGAAUCUUCACUUCCAGGCAGUGUUAGGACAAAACACGCCUCUCGUGUUUCAGAAGGUACAAAAUCCCCACGAGAACGAUCAUAACAGGCAGUUUUCAGUGCAAUGGAGUUUUUUGGCUAAUUGUAUUUAACUGUGUCAUUUUGUAUCAUGCUUAUUUUAAAGUAGCAACACCCAAAUAUGAUCUUGUAUAUAACAAUUAUUAACUAUACCGCAAGAACUCAGCCUAAGUUGCAGGGGUUACUUCUAGUAACAAUCUAAAUUAGCUCCAGUGUAGCGUUCGCUUAUUAAAAAAAAUCACUAGCUCCAUUCU